AAUCGUUAAUCGAAAUUUUCACUGUAAAUACGUCAAUAAAUGAAAUGGUCUGAUCGUAUUUUUAUUUUUCUAUCUUCUUCUUUACAUAUAAUAUUUACAUAUUUUCUUUUCAAAUAACAAACAAUGAGUUUGAUAUUUAUUAUUAAUUUUAUUCUAGACAGUGAAAUGUAGAACAGUGAGUGUAUAGAAAAUCGUAAAAUGUCGCGUAAUAAUUAUUAAUUGCCCCUAAAAGGCAUCGUAGUAGAAUAGUAUUGAAACAUUAAGGCAAUUUCAUCUUCAACAAUGAAUUUCGACGAGUCAGCGAACAGCGACUAUGUCACGUCUGAAACAAUAUAUGGCACUCAUGAAGACUCACAUGUAGUGAUGUCAGAGAAGGUGCAGACAUUGGCUGGUAGUAUUUACCAAGAGUUUGAACGAAUGAUAGCUCGAUAUGAUGAAGAUGUCGUGAAGACGUUGAUGCCCUUGGUGGUUAACGUACUAGAAUGUUUAGACUCCGCUUAUCAAACCAAUCAAGAGCAUGAAGUGGAAUUAGAGCUACUGCGGGAAGAUAAUGAGCAACUGGUCACGCAGUAUGAACGCGAGAAGGCGGCGAGGAAGCAUGCGGAACAGAAGUUAUUGGAGGCUGAAGACCAUUAUGAAGGAGAAAGAAAAGACCUUACAAGCAGACUGGAGGCAUUGGAUAGUAUUGUUCGAAUGCUUGAGUUGAAGCAUAAGAACUCACUUGAUCAUGCUAGCCGCUUAGAAGAGCGAGAAAAUGAGCUAAAGAAGGAGUAUGCUAAACUUCACGAACGUUACACAGAGUUAUUUAAGACGCACAUGGAUUACAUGGAACGCACUAAAUUAUUGUUGAGCACUGCCAGUGACAGAAGUGAAGUCCGGGGUAGGCUUGGCCUAAAUCCAGUUGGAAGAUCUAGUGGUCCUAUAUCAUUUGGUUUUGCUUCACUUGAGGGCUCUGUAAAUGUUGUGGAGCAAACAGAAAGUAUACCUGGAAGCCCAGUAAGCCUUUCAUCAUCUCCAUCUUCACCACCAAUUGGCUCUGAGCUAGCAGCUGUAAGAACAGUAGAAAGAGCUCAUCAGACUGAUCCUAUUACUCAACAAAGUCAGGCUACAUCACCAGUUGCACCGCCGCCUAGUACUGGAAAAUCGCAAACUAAGAGCGAAAAGCGAAGCGCCAAUACUCUGUAUCAAGAACUAGCCUUCCACGAUACGGAUACUAGUAUUGUAGAGGGAGAUGACGGUGACAUAACAGGAAGCUGGGUGCAUCCUGGUGAAUAUGCUUCCUCAGUUAAUGAUAAUUACUUUGGUAUGGGGAAGGAAGUCGAAAAUCUUAUCUUGGAGAAUAACGAACUUCUAGCUACCAAAAACGCUUUGAAUGUCGUGAAAGAUGAUUUAAUCGUAAAGGUUGAUGAACUAACCGGUGAACAAGAAAUACUAAGGGAGGAAGUAGCGAACCUUAGUUCGGCUAGAGAGAAGCUUAGAGAACGCGUCACCCAUCUUGAAGAUGAAUUACGCCAUUUGAAAGAAACAAUGAGCUCAAAUGCUGGUGGUGCGGAGAAUGAGGAUGAAGCUGAUGUUCCAAUGGCCCAAAGAAGGAAAUUCACUCGCGUGGAAAUGGCUAGAGUUCUAAUGGAACGCAAUCAAUAUAAGGAACGCUACAUGGAGUUGCAAGAUGCCGUACGCUGGACGGAAAUUGUUAGGGCGAGUCGUGUCGAAUCUACCAUGGAUAAGAAGAGCAAACAAAGCAUUUGGACUUUUUUCAGCAAACUUUUUAGUACAUCUGAACGUCCACAGCGCCCAUUAUCGACGCCGCAUUUAAAAGCAGUGGCCGCUCCUUCGCCAUCGUUGAGACACUCGAGGACUCAAGCGGAUUUUCUUGAAACCCAGUUGUCUGACCACCAUCACCGGCGGCAAGAGAGAACUGAACAAUUUCGCCAGGUAAGAGCUCACGUUCGAAAGGAAGAUGGCAGGACCCAAGCUUAUGGUUGGAGCUUGCCCGGGAAAAGUGAACAAGGGCAGAAGGGGCCUAAUGUAUCACUGUCGUCAGGAGGAGUCCCAGUACCUGUGCCUGUAUUUUGCAGACCCAUAGCGGAAGCAGAGCCUCGUAUGUCACUCUUAUGCGCUGCGGCUGUUAAUUUGACUGGUGGAAAAGGCUUCAAUCCGAAAAACAUCGGGAACACUGCAAUGUGCUUAGCAUACGAAAUGAGCAAGGCGCAAUCCGCAGGUUCACCAGAAGUUGAGCAAGUUCCUGCUGAUCCGUCAACUCACAUUCCCAAUAACCCCGAGAAUAACUUGUCAUCUCUCGUCUGGAUAUGUUCUAGUACACAGAAUAAGGGUGUUGUUAUGAUUAUUGACGCGAACAAUCCAGCUGAAGUGAUAGAAUCGUUCCCUGUGAGUGACAAACAUAUAUUGUGUAUUGCUUCUGUGCCUGGCGCUGUUGAAGAAGAUUUCUUGGAGUAUGAAGAGAGGAAUAAUAAGAAUGAAACGAAAAGAUAUUCCGGAUCUUUGUUCUGCGGUGUUAGUAAGAGUGAUUCGACAGAAAGUCAAACUAAUGGAAUUGCCAUAUCUGGUAAUGUCAAUGGGCCCAGUGAUGGUGACGGAAAAGACAUAAUAGUGGGAAGCACUCGAAUGGUACAAGCGAACAUCCUCACACCUCCUAGUACUCCAAUCAAAGAGACUGGGCCUAUUAAUACUCCGAAAGAAUCAGCGAUAGACAACGUUGAAGAAGACCUCGACAAAGUCCUCUCUGAAAGCCCGCCGUUAAGCUCUACGCCAAUUAAUAAUAGUAAAGAUACUGAGAGACGGAUAUCACCAGAGCGCGGUGUGGAUGCGUUCGCUGAACAGUCGAGUGCUGGAAAAGUUACAGACGAGCGCGUAACGACAGCAUUACCUACUAUGUGGUUGGGUACUAAGAGUGGGAAUUUGUAUGUGCAUUCCGCAGUGUCAGAGUAUGGAAAGUGUCUUGCAAGAGUGAAAUUGAACGAUGCAAUCCUAUCAAUAGUGGCAUGUUGGUCGAGAUGUAUUGUAGCAUUGGCUGAUGGUACAGUCGCUAUUUUCUCGCGCCUUGCAGAUGGGCAAUGGGACUUCUCACAAUAUUGUCUCAUGACGCUAGGAGAUCCCAAGUGUUCAGUUCGUUGUCUGAGUGCGGUGGGAAGUGGUACUGUAUGGUGUGGCUAUCGUAACAAGGUGCACGUUAUCGACCCGCGUGCGUGUACGUUGCUUCAUACGCUCGAAGCGCACCCGCGACAAGAGAGUCAGCUACGACAGAUGUGCGCUGAUGGAGAUGGAGUAUGGGUAACGAUCAAAAUGGAUUCAACUCUGCGCUUAUACCACGCACACACAUACCAACAUCUCAUUGACGUUGAUAUCGAGCCCUACGUCAGCAAAAUGCUCGGUACUGGCAAGUUGGGUUUCUCCCUCGUGAGAAUAACCGCCCUACUUAUCAGUUCCGGUCGCUUGUGGAUCGGUACAAGCAACGGCGUGGUGAUAUCUGUUCCCCUAUCCGAUACCGGGAACCACUCCAGUCCCGGGGGGGUUAUUCCGCUCUGUUCGAUGAAGCACGCCCAGCUGAGCUUUCACGGGCAUAGAGAUGCUGUGACAUUCUUCGUGGCUGUUCCCGGUGCUGGAUCGCCGAGAAGCCCGGACUCCCCUGAAAAUGGGCCCACUCCCCCACCGAUACUUGUGAUUUCGGGAGGGGAAGGAUAUAUCGAUUUUAGAAUAGAAGAGCAUGCCGAUGACGUUCGAGAUACAGCCUCCCACCUCAUUGUUUGGCAGAUUAUACCUGAUUCAUAGCAUAUAAAUUGUUUUUAAAUCGCUGAUUCAGAAAUGGAAGACAGCGUGGUAGUGGCUGAAGAUGGAGCUUCGGGUGGGCAUGGUUCGUUCGUCGAGCGAGCGACAAAGAGUCACCUUAUUGUAUGGCAAGUAGCGACCGCCUAACGUAGGGCCAGCCGUGCACGCGUCGAUUCCGAGUCAGAUUACGUAUACGUAUGUACGUCCGAUAAACCGGCGAUUGCCUACAAUGCGUAAGCUGAUGGGUUUGUUCGGAGCGGAUUAAUUGGGGAGGGUGCUAGUUCUGAUGUACACUUUAAAAAAUAUUUGUAAUCCGUGGAAGUUCUAACCAUAAUCUUUAUUAACUUUUUGCCAACUAUAAGUUGACUACUAAAUAUAUGUUGUUAUAAUGUACAACAUAAUUAGCACUUCGUACACUAAAAUAAGAUUUCGAUUCAUUAGAUAACUUCAAACUAAAUAGGGAAUCCUUUUUUCUCUAGUAACGAUUUAGCUUUCAGUUUCCCCAAUAAUUUGACAUUUGGAUGGAUUGUAAUAUUUGACGUAAAGGAAUUUUGUUAAGGUAGAGAUGGUUUAUAAAUCCGUUCACUCACCGUCGAUCUAUCGUGGAUGUUAAUAGAAUAAUGUCAAAUUUGGAAGGAGUUAUAUUCAUCUUUGACAUAGAUCCAGGUUAAAGUAAAUACAUCUUUCGACAAUGUCUAUCCUUUCGACCCCUCAGCGCACGCACUGUUUGACAUUUCUGACUCAGUAGUGCACGGCUCAUGGACACGGUUUUAUAUUAUAGUGUUAUAUAGCUAUCGUUUGUGCUUUAAUGCGUUGAAUUAUCGCUUUUAAGUUAGUGUAAGACAUAUAAAGGGGUACGUGUAUGAAAAAUAUGGAGGGAGAUUAUGAAAUUCUUUUAAUAUUUUUAGUUCAUGAAUUUAAUUGUAUCUGUUGGGAUGAAAAAUCUCAUUGAUAGUGCCAUCUUGAAAUAUUUCAAAAACGAAUAGUCUUCGUACACAAUUAAAAUUAAAGCGGCAAUGUACGCGGUCUUCAUUCUUGACUAUACUCAUAUUAGACGAUUUCGUUUCUUUGACAAUAUUAUUUUCUGUGAUUGGGAUAUUUAUCGUUUUGAGCACUGAAGUGCUGAGGAAUAUAAGGAAUGUAUUCGUUUAACAUUAAAUUGUAUGACAUUCAUGUUGCCCCUAUUUAAAUUAUAAUUAGCCAGCUAAGGGCGUUCUUUAAGUACGAUACGUAUUGAAAAUUAGUACUUACUGCUACUGGUACAUCUGCUUUAUAGAUAAAUACAAAAAAUGAGAUGCCAUAAUAUACCGUGGCGCGCAACCUCGGCUGGCUAAGUUGUAUUAUAUCCCCGACAUAUUUUAAUGUACACCAUGUACAAAGUGUUAUGAUUUAUAUUUCGUUAUUCGUAUUGAAAUUAAUCUCAUUUAGAAAUAAUGUACAAGUAAUAACCACCAAAUAAAUCAUUAUAGUAGGUGUAGUAUAGGUAAGUUAAGAUUUAGUCACGACCCGAAUCAUAUUAGCAUACGAAUUUCUCAUGUAGAUAACGGGCUGUGGUCUCAUCUGCAUCACGAUAUUUAUUAUAUAAGUAAUACCGAGUGAUAUGUACCAAUGCUUCAUUAAUAGUGUGUGAUUUAGAAGUUUCGUUGUUUACUUGAAAGUAUUAUAGUUAAAAGUAAGGUUUUAACAUGUCCUAGAGGGGUGCCCUAAUACUGGAGGUCGAGAAUAGACAUGAGAAAAAUCAUAUAGUUGGCUUUAUUUAACUAAACGUCUAAUGUUUAUUGAGUAAUUUCUUUAUAUAUAAUGACGCAAGAGCAUUUCCUCUAGUAUAGGGUACUUUUCCUCCUGGUGUAACAUCUGGUAUAUAACAAUAGCACAAAACCCUAAAAGCUGAUUCCGUCUUAAUACUUUUAGUGCAAGUUUGCUGAUGUGUCGAGUGUUUACUUACCGUUUAUGUCCAAUGGUGCAAAAUUUAGUUAGGUAUAGUAUGAUUUAGUAUAAUUUAAACAUUUUAGGGCCGUUUUUCGGUGUUAUGUUACAAUAUACUUUUAGUAAAAUUUAGUUAAGCGAUUUGUUUUGUUAUUUUAAGUAUAAUUCAGAUUGGGCGAUCAAAUUUUGGUUCAAACUCAAUACAUUUCUGAAUUAUUUAUAUAGUAAUAUUUACACUGAUUUUAUUUAUUUAAAUAACAUAUGUUAUUAUUCUCCAUACAUCACUUUCUACACUGUGUAGAAUAUCUUUAAAAAAAUUAUAUUUUAUUUUAAAAUUUUCCGUAUACACAUUUAUUUAAUUAUGGUUUUAUGAAGUUUACACUUAGAUUUAAAAAAUGUCGACUUUAAUUACUCGGCAUAUUCUGCUAUCAAACCUAGUCAAACGAAACGACUUAGGAUAAUUAAAUAAGCCUACAUUGUUUGCGAAUUACGAGCUAAUGCCGUUUAUAUUAAUUAGCUUUGACAUUCAAUAAUUAGAUGGAUAUUAGUUAGCGAUAAGAAUUAACUCGUAGAUAUAUGCAUAUGAAAUUGUAAAUCAACACAGCAGCUACAAUGACCAGCAAAUUAAACAAUACUGUUUAUAGCGAUAUAGAUUCUAACUUAUUGCAAUAAAGCCGCUAAAAUUUACGAGGAUUUGAUAUUUAACAAUCGUGCAUUAGUAGUCAUGCUAAGCCUCGGGUUUGUUUACCAAGAAUAUUGCGUAAACAAUUUUCUCGUAAUUUUGUAUGCAGUUUUAUUUAUAUCACCCCAAUAAAAUAAUCUUAUUUUAGAAAGUUUCGAUCAUAAUUACGUUACUUACUAUUUAUUUCGUACAAACUUAUAAUAGUGAACAUUAAAACUUCCGCUAUAAAAUGUAUUAGUGAUUAAAGUUUAUCUUGUUUGUAAUACGCAAUCCAAUAAAGCGCUGCUAAUAAAA